AUGGAAUCACAGUGGACUAAUAAAUACGAUAUUAUGCGCGAUUUGUAUGUAGCUCAAGGAAGAAUUCCUAUUAAUAUUUCUGGCACUAUCACGGCGAAGGCUAAACCACCAAAUCAUAUUAUAAUUGAAGAAAAUGAAUUAGAGCAUUUUGAUGAUUGUUGUGAAGAUGUAGAGUUUGAAAGUGGACCAGAUUUGAACCUUAUCAAGGAAAUGCUGGACAUGGUCGAGCAAACAACUUUCAAUACAGAUGUUGUAUCAAUAGAGCCUGACAAUAUAUUAGUGAUAACAAAACAUAAUCCACAUUGUAUAGGUACAGAAGUCUCAUGUUCAGAUGUUACAAAUGUUACUAAUCUAAAACCACAUAAAAAGAGAAAACAAAGGAAUGUAGCUAUAACAUCCAUUUUAGAAGCACUUUCUUUGGGUAAUAAAAAAAAAGUUGAGCAAGAUGAUCAUGUGAAACUAUUGAAACCGGAAGAUUUUAUAAAAUGUGAAAAUAAUAGUUCUGUAGCAGUAGUUGAUGAAAUAAUAAAUUCUGCAAAUGCAAGGAUAGAAUCAAGUAUAACAUUUAAAAAGAAAGAUUCUGAGAAAAGUGUAAAGGACUGUGAUGAAAUCAAUUUGAAGACUGAAUCAAAAAGUAUUGCUUCAUAUAGGCCAUCUUCUAUGGCCAGUUUGUAUUAUAAGAAAUAUUUGGACAGGAGUAAGCUUAAAGAGAGUAUGCAGGAUGACGUUAAGACUAAAGCUGAGGAAGUGCAGAAAAAAAUUGACAUCAAAGAGUUAGAUGCGGUUCGUCUACCGCAACACCGCCACCUGUUGACAGACGACUGUAUUGUAUGUAGAGUGCUGUGUAAGAAAUAUGUUAAGUAA